AUGCUUUCACGUCAUUUCUCAAGGUGCUGUAGCAAAAGAUCUACACACAAUCUAUAUCUUGCCAUAAGAUCUCAAACGAGAUCAAUCUCAAAGAUAAAUCAUCAUAAUGCAGCUCAAGCUACCACUGCAUCCAGACCACAACCAUCACCCGCUUUCAAUAUAUCAGAUGCUGAGUCACCAUCCCUGCCACAGCCAAAGAGCCUCUCAAAACAACAACGUCGUGAAAAGAGGGAGCAAGCUAUGGAUGAUUCCUUUAUUGGGUUAACUGGUGGUGAAAUUUUCCAUGAAAUGAUGUUGAGACAUAAUGUUGACACUGUUUUCGGAUACGCUGGUGGUGCUAUAUUGCCUGUUUUCGAUGCUAUUUAUAACUCAGAAAAAUUCAAGUUUGUUUUACCAAGGCAUGAACAAGGUGCAGGUCAUAUGGCUGAAGGUUAUGCUAGGGCUAGUGGGAAGCCAGGUGUUGUUUUAGUUACCUCUGGUCCUGGUGCCACUAAUGUCAUUACUCCAAUGGCUGAUGCUUUGAUGGAUGGUGUUCCAUUGGUUGUAUUUACUGGUCAAGUGCCAACUAGUGCUAUUGGUACUGAUGCUUUCCAAGAAGCCGAUGUGAUUGGUAUCUCAAGAUCUUGUACCAAAUGGAAUGUUAUGGUUAAAAACGUAGCAGAAUUACCAAGAAGAAUAAAUGAGGCGUUUGAAAUUGCCACUACUGGUAGACCCGGUCCCGUUUUGGUUGAUUUGCCAAAAGAUGUUACGGCUUCAAUUUUGAGAGAAUCUAUUCCUAUAAAUACCACAUUACCAUCAAAUGCUUUGAGUACAAUAACCAAAAAGGCUGUCUCUGAAUUCACCACCGAGGCUAUAAAGAGAUCUGCUGAUAUCUUAAACAAAGCUAAGAAACCAAUCAUUUACUGUGGUGGUGGUAUAUUGAACCAUGAAGAUGGUCCUAAGUUACUAAAAGAGUUGGCUGAUAAAGCAAAUAUUCCUGUAACCACAACCCUACAAGGUUUAGGUGCUUUUGAUCAAAGAGAUCCAAAAUCGUUGGAUAUGUUGGGUAUGCAUGGAUCAGCAGCUGCAAACACUGCCAUUCAAAAUGCCGAUUGUAUUAUAGCUCUCGGUGCUAGAUUUGAUGACAGAGUCACCGGUAAUAUUGCCAAAUUUGCUCCAGAAGCCAAAUUAGCCGCUGCUGAAAACAGGGGUGGUAUCUUGCAUUUUGAAAUUUCACCAAAGAACAUCAACAAGGUUGUCGAAGCUACUGAAGCAGUUGAAGGUGAUGUUACUGCCAAUUUGCGUAAAUUUAUCCCACUUAUAAAUCAAGUUGAGUCAAGACCCGAAUGGUUUAAAAAGAUUGAUGAAUGGAAAGAACAUUAUCCGUACUCAUAUCAAGUGGAAACACCAGGAUCCAAGAUCAAACCUCAAACUUUGAUUAAGGAGAUUUCUGAACAAUCAAUGAAUUACGACAAAGAUGUUUACGUUACCACUGGUGUUGGUCAACAUCAAAUGUGGGCAGCACAGCAUUGGACUUGGACCAAGCCUAGAACUAUGAUUACUUCAGGUGGUUUGGGAACUAUGGGUUAUGGUUUACCUGCUGCUAUUGGUGCUCAAGUUGCUAAACCAGAUGCCAUUGUUAUUGAUAUCGAUGGUGAUGCUUCCUUCAAUAUGACCUUGACUGAAUUAUCAUCUGCUGUACAAGCUGGUGCACCAGUUAAAGUUUGUGUUUUGAACAAUGAAGAACAAGGGAUGGUUACUCAAUGGCAAUCAUUAUUUUAUGAACACAGAUACUCCCACACCCAUCAAGCCAACCCUGAUUUCAUGAAAUUGGCAGAUGCCAUGGGUGUUAAAGGUAUCAGAAUUUCAACUCAAGAAGAAUUGAAACUGGGUAUUAAAGAAUUUUUGGAUUGCCAAGAACCUGUUUUGUUGGAGGUCAUGGUUGAAAAGAAAGUUCCCGUUUUACCAAUGGUCCCAGCGGGUAAAGCCUUGGAUGACUUUAUCUUGUGGGAUUCUGAAACUGAAAAACAACAAAAUGCAUUAAGAAAGCAAAGAACUGGUGGGUUGUAUUAA